CAGGAACCGACCAGGGCUGGCCGACGGAAUUGCGUUGCCGCCGCGUCGAUCGCGGGCCGACAGAAUCGCCUCCCCCCGCGUCCAAGAUCGCAUGGCCAACUACGGAAAGCCCUCCCCGCCGGCGCCGCCGACCGACGACGACUUGGUUUUACAUGGCUUGCAGCAGCGGGGGACUGUGCGGCGCGUGUUCAUUAACAGCCAAGGUUCUUCAGAUCUGAGCCAACUUGUUGCUGACGUCGAGGACAGAAUCGCGAGUCGCCGCCGCCUUGAUAGCACGGCCACCCACAGGAUCCCGAGACGCCGCAGCCUUGAUCGCAUGACCAACUUGAGCUACCCGUCCCUGCCGCCCAGCCACUACCAUUGGGGCGCUCCAGGCUUUCCUCGGCCCGUGGUCAUUCCCAAGCAACUCCCUCCAGGCGAUGAACGUGCUUAUGUACACGAAUAUUAUCCUCCUACUCAGACCGUGCAGGGGCAGCACCAUCUACCUCACGAAGACGGAGCAACGAAGGUGGUAUGCCUGACCGAGAUGCUCUCGUCGCACCACCUCCUUGAGGACGACGAGUUUUACGGGCGCUUUUUGGAGGAUGUCGACGAAGAAGCAUGCGUGUUUAGCAACCUGGUGAAUGUGGUUGUCCCGCGGCCCGGCCCCAGCAAUGUCGAUCCGGUGGUCGCUGGAGUCGGGAGGGUCUUUUUGGAGUACUCGUGUCUUGACAGCUCGAAUCUUUGAAAGAUCGAGAUGGGCGGGAGAUGGUGGGAUGAGAAGCAAAUUGUUGCCUGGUUCUAUCCGGAGGACAAGUUUGCUGCCGGAGACUACGGCUACGAGCCUCCCACAAAUACUGCAUAGUUAGAUGGAUCUCGACCGAAAUCCUAUUAAUCCACCAUGCAUGUCAUGUCUGUCAACUGCGUAUAGUUUCUUAGUUGACAUCUUGUUCAUAAUGUUUCAAAGCAUUGUCAGAAAAAGUUGCUGCAAUCUCCAUACAAUACAAUACAUAUUCCGAUAUUCGCUUGCAA